AUGGCUCCGCGAAGGACUGACGAAUUCAAGAAGGAGCGCAGUCGGUCGAAAGAGGCGAAACGAGCUCAGCAACUGAAUGGAGCAUUCCGCAAACUGCUUGGAACAAUUCCAUAUAUUCCCGAAAAGCAAAGAGAAGUGAUCCCAAAAAUCAAAACCCUUCGACUAGCAAUGCGAUAUAUUGAGCAUUUGAAUCGAAUAUUGGAUGGCAAUUGGGGUGUGCGCACUGAAAUGGAGCCAACACGUCCGUUACAAUUCGACGAUUUUCGUUUUAUCGCUGAUGAGGAGAUUAAAGUUCGAAAUAGCUAUCGGGAUCGAGCAUUGAACGACGAAUUGGCAGCGAAUUUGGCGAAAAAUGCGCAAACAUUGAAAAAUCAAAGAAAUCGAAUUUCGAUUAGCGAAAACGAGGAUCCGAGUCUGAACUCAUCGUCAGCAGCUGGUUCGCCGCCAUAUCCCGAGUAUUUGGAGCCAACCUCAUUCUCGAUUCCACCCAACACCACAUUACCAAAUGUGUACUCAAUUUACGGGAAUAUUUCGCCUCCUUCCUAUAUUGCGUCCGAUGACAAAUGGGUUCAUCAUUCGCAAUAA